AUGUUACUUGGCGAUUCAGAAGUUGGCAAGACCAGCAUAUUCGAUACAGCAGGUCAGGAUAGAUUCAAUUCCUUGAGAGGUGCUUAAGGUUUCGUUUGCAUCUUUGACUUUACAAAGAAACAAAGUUUUGAUAAUGUAUUCAAAUGGAUCAAUUAAAUCAGGGAAACUGCAAGCGUCCCUAAUCCCACGAUUCUAGUGCUAGGCAAUAAAAGAGACUUGGACCUUAAAGAAGUGACUGAUAAAGAUAUUGAGUAAAUAAUGGAAAAAUGUAAAGAUGUGAUAUAUUUUGAAACGAGCGCUAGAAAUGGCUAUCAAGUUGAUGAAUCAUUCAGGUCAAUGACUGUAAAACUAGUAGAGAGAGGGAAAUAGAAUUAAGUUUCUGGAUUUAAAAUUUAAGCGGAUUCUAGAAGGACCUAAGAAAUUCUCGACUCCUAAGCAAACAAUUCUGGUUGUUGUUCAGCCAACGGAGGCUGCUGUUAAUCUUGA